GCAGACGAAAUGGGAUUAGUUGCAACCGGAAAAUUUAAAACAACAAUUAAAUAAACUAUUCUUUACUUUUUUUUUUUUUAAUAUAACGCUUUACUUGAGUACUUCAGCCUUCACAAACUGCUUUAUGUAACAUUCCUUAUUCAUCAAAGCACUUAUGUAUUUUACUCUCGGACACUUUGACAUGCCGACUGGAACAGCCUGGGAUUGAACUAUCAACCUUCCGAUUAAUAGAGUACUGUUUUACCUCCUGAGCUACGGCAACAUUACCCACGGACAAAACAAUAUGACACGUGAAGCCAGAGGUAGGAGCGAGCAUUUUGGAAACGUAAAUAUAGGUCGUAUUUCAUGGGCUGCAGAAAUGACGGAUACGUUUGGAUUGGAGGACAUGUUUUUUUGUUUGUUUGUUUGUUUUUUUAUGCUUUCCCAAAAAUCACCAUUGAUCUGAUCACGUUUUAGCAUUAAAUGCAUUUGUGUAUUAAACUAAAGUAAACUAGUUCUGCCUAUCUAAUUAAUAGUUGUAUUGCACUGUAAACGGAGGAAAGAAAAAUUCAAGAGUGCCACACCUUAUUUUCUUUGUGUCGUUAAAGUUGCCUUUCCUGUUCCUCAACUCAGUUAAAUAAUGGCUGCUGAACAUGCUUUUUCCAACUCUGGGCACAGCCAUCACUCUUCAGAGUUGAGGAUUGUGCUGAUAGGUGGCAGAGAAUUAACAGGACAGCCCAGUAAUAAAAGUCUGAGUGGAAACAUCAUACUGGGUAAAAAUGUUUUUGACACCAGCAGAAGAACAGCCCAGAGUGUGGUGGGGCAGCAGGAGGUACACGGCAGACGGGUCACUGUGGUGGACACUCCAGGCUGGUGGUGGCACUAUCCACUAGAAAACACCCCAAAGCUGGAUCAGAUAGAAAUCCAGAACAGUGUCCAUCUGUGUCCCCCGGGGCCUCAUGCCUUUCUUCUGGUCAUUCACGAGAGUUUCUAUUUACCUCAGAUCUUUAUAUCAUCUCUAAAAGAGCACCUGAAGCUUUUCCACAAAGAUGUGUUGAAUCACACCAUUGUACUGUUCACUGUUCAACAUCCAUGGCAUGAAGAAAAUGUAGAAACCGAAAUGAGUGAGUGGUCAGACAUGCAGUGGAUUCUUGAACAAUGUGGAAACAGAAAGCAUGUCCUCAGUAUGAGGAACAGGCAGGAUGGCACUCAAGUCGAAAAGCUUUUUGAGAAAAUCGAGGCAAUGGUUGCAGCAAAUGGAGGCCGUCACUGUCCCAUUGAUAGUGCUCAUGGAAAUGCUCUGAGAGAAGAAAUGAAGGCAAUAGCUGAAGGAGCAUCAAAGAGGUUUGAUGAGGUGCAGACACAAAGGAGGAAGCUCAGAGCACUAAUUGAAGGCGGCAAAACCCCACCUGCACAUUUACGACUGGUCAUGGUUGGUGCUCAGUGGUCAGCCAAAAGCUCGGCCGGCAACACCAUCCUGAGGAAAAAGGCUUUUGCUGUUGAUCAUGGAAGAACAACAAUGUCCUGUGAAAUCAGUCAUGGCAUUGUGGCAGACAGGACGCUCACAGUGGUCGAUUCUCCUGGCUGGUUCUACAACCACACCCUUCAGGACACCUCUGAGACAGAUAAACAUGAAAUAGAGAACAGUGUGCAUCUGUGCCCCCCAGGACCCCACGCAGUGCUCCUCAUGAUAGGCCUGGCAUCUGCAUUUAAUACAUCCUACCUCAGAGCAGUCAAAGAGCACAUGAGUCUGUUUAGAGACGAUGUCUGGAAGCACACCAUUGUUCUGUUCACUAGAGGUGACUGGCUGGGAGUCAAGACUGUGGAAGAACGUAUAGAGAGUGAGGAAGGUCUGCAGUGGCUGGUGAAGAAGUGUGGGAACAGGUGCCACGUCCUGGACAACAUGAAGCACAGUGAUGAGAUGCAGGUACAAGAUCUCCUGGAGAAGAUUGAAGAGACGUGGGUGGGAAACAAAGACCCACAUUAUGAAGUUGACCUGGAUCGUGGAGCACAGUUGGAGGCCACGAAAGAGGCUGGAGAAAAGUUGGCUAAAAGGAUCAGAAAGACCACUGAGAGACAAUCAAGAAUAUUGAGAAAGAUAUUUGAAGGAGAGGAGCAGCCAAUCACUGACCUGAGGAUUGUACUGCUUGGCAGAGAGGAAUCAGGGAAGAGUAUGGCAGGAAACAAAAUUUUUUUUGAAGAGAUAUUUGAGAGAGCUUGGUUGAAGAAGGAAUUCCAAAAUCAGAGAAGAACAAGAAAGUGUGUAAAACAUGAAGGAACUAUCGGUGGAAUAAAUAUCGCAGUCAUUGAGACUCCAGGCUGGCCUGCAGCCAUGACGCCACCUAGCUGGCUGAAAGAAGAAGUUCUGGGCAGCGUCUCCAUGUGUGCUCCGGGCCCUCAUGUUUUUCUCUUGGUUGUUCCCAUUCCCAAAGCAUUCACAGAGGAAGAUCACAAAACAGUGGCUGAGCUUUUGAUGCCCUUUGGUGAGAGAGUAUGGAGACACUGCAUGGUGCUGUUCACCUGGGGAGACUGGCUGAACAACAGACUCAUCGAGGAGCACAUUGCAGCAGAGGGAAAAAGCCUCCUGCAGCUGGUGGAAAAGUGUGGGUACAGAUAUCAGGUCCUUAACUGCCAUAGUUUUGGUAAUCGUUUUCCUGUUAAAGAGCUCUUCCAAAAAAUCACUGAUAUGAUCACACAGAACAAAGGACAAAGCUUCACUGCUGAAGGCAAACAAAGGAAAAACCAAUCUGUGCUGACAGAAGAAGAGUGGAACAGGAGGGAGCAAGAACUGAUAGACCGGAUGUUGAGAGCUGUUGUAAAUGAACCAGAGGAACCAACAUUACCAUCUGUGCUGGGAGCAUCUAGCUUUGAUGGAGCUUUCCUUCCGAGCAUGAGCGGAGAUGCUCCCUCAGAGUUUGAGAACAUGUCAGAACGCUGGAGUCAAAGAGCACGUGCCAAAGUGUCUGAAUGGCUGAAGACCAGAGCUGGAAACUCUGAUGUCACCUCUGGGAUUGGCAGCAUGAGCGCCUCAGCCAGUCAUGUGGAGAAGCUGGAUGAAAGUCCUCUGCCAGAUGAAAAUGAUUAACCGACACAUUCCCAGAAAAGGACAAGACAGGGAUUCAUCUGAAGAGAGUCUCCAGGAAGAUUGUAUAAAUUCAGUGCAGGCACUUUUGUUAAGCAAACUACAAAAGCGGGAUUGAAGCAUAUGUACUUACAGUUAAUCCAGAUUCUCUGAUCUUUUAUAUACAUUUUACAUAAAUACUGUUCAUGUCAUAUUUUAGUAAAACAUCAUGGACCUAGCUUUACACAGCAUUGUUUCAGUGCAGCUGCUAUUUGUUCUCACAUCUCACAGAAGUACAUGAGGACUCAUAAUAAGCUAUGCAACCUUCAGUUGGUUUUAAAAAGUAGUUACCAGAUUGAACUUCACACUGAGAUCCAAGAGAACAGAUUAUGGAGUUACAGGAUGAAAAGCAUAAAAACUUGAAGCUCUGCCCACAGGUGAAUCAACGAGAAAAUGCUGACUCAUGUGUUUAUAUGGGAACAAUGGCUGUAAAAGUUAUAGUUCUGCAGAAGCAUUCAGUUAGAGAAAUAGCCGGAUAGUUUAGAUUCAUGUAUUUCAUUUCUGUGAGAAUUUGUGUAGUUGCCUAAUGGGGCAGAAUCUCUAUGUGAGUUAACAAUCUACAUUAAACUGUUCAUUGUUAACUCACAUAGAGAUUCUAUUAUUAACACUUUUCUGUAUUUUACAUGUAGAAAAUUUAAGUGGAAAUAAUAGAACAGUGUUGCUGUACUUGUGAUCUGCUGAGCAAACAUAAUAUUUUACAUAGUUGUACAAUAUGUGCAAAAAAAUGAGAACAAUCCAGAAUGGUAACCUAACAGUGACUGAUAUAUCUUCUUUUUCUUCUUCUUCUUCUUUUGGCUGCUCCCUUUAAGGGUCUCCAUAGCAGAUCAUCUACCUCCAUCUAACUCUAUCCCUGGCAUCCUUCUGUGUCACACCAACCCUCUACAUGUCCUCCUUCACUACAUCCAUGAACCUCCUCUCAGGUCUUUCUGCCUGGCAGCUCCAUAUUCAACAUUUUUUUGUCCAGGGUAUCCACGAUUUCUUCUCUGAAAUAUUAAUUUCUAAUCCCAUCCAUUCUGGCCACUCCCAGUGAAAACCUUAACAUCUUCAACUCUGCCACCUCCAGCUCGGCCUCCUGUCUUUUGGUUGGUGCCUUCGUCUCCAAACCAUCAUAGCAGGUCUCGCUACCACCUUGUAAACCUUUCCUUUCACUCUUGCUACUAUCCUUCUGUGUAAUGCCUGACAUUUGUCUCCACCCACUCCACCCUGCCUGCACAUUGGUUUUUAAACUCAUCUACCUUCACUACCUCUGCUCCUUGCAGCCUCAUCUUUCCACUUGUCUCUCACUCAUUCACACAUGUAUUCUUCCUUGCUUCUGACUUUCAUUCCUCUUCUCCCAGAGCACACCUCCACCACUCCAGACUCUCGUCCACCUACUCCCUACUCUCACUACAAAUAAUAAUUUCCUCUGCAAAUAUCAUAGUCUGCAGAGACUCCUGCCUGACCUCGUCUGUCAACCUGUCCAUCGCUACUACAAACAAGAAGGGGUUUUAGAGACGAUUCCUGAUGUAAUCCCAUCUCCACCUUUGACUCGUACUGCACACCUCACCACUGCCUCGCUGUCCUCAUACGCUGUCCUGCACCACCCUCACAUACUUUUCUGUUGCUCCAUGCUUUCUCUAGAUUCACAAAGACACAGUACAACUCCUCCUGGCCUUCUCUAUACUUUUACAUCAACACUC